UAGGUUAGUACACCCAUGAGUAUCCCCCUGGGACCCUAGCCAGGCUCAGCUCCUGGAUAGCAUUCUAGGACUGGGGGCACCAGGGCUGACAACUGGAGCAGUCUUUACCAUGUCUGGAGCAGUUCUGCUGCUACUACUGUUGCUGGUCAGCUUCCUCGCCUUUGACUUGCUCCACAGGUGCACGAGCCAUGAUGCAGCAGCCUCGAAUGGAGUCGGAUGACAGUGGGGCUGGUGAGGGGCCACAGCGGGCAGUGCCCUGGUCAGCCUGGCUCACCCAGCAGGACUGGAUGCGCUGGUGUGCUCGACAUGUGCCCCAGAGCUGGGCCCAGUGGUGGGCCACAACUAGCUGGAGGCAGCCACUGCAGCGGGUGCUUUGGAACCUGGAGGGGAUUCUCUACCUGCUGCUGGCCCUGACGCUGUGCCACGUACUCUUCACCACCGGCUCCCACCUGCUGAGCUCCCUGUGGCCUGUGGCGGUCGUGGUGUGGCGUCAUCUGCUGCCAGCUGUCCUGCUCUUGGUGCUCAGCGCCCUACCCACCCUGCUGUUUACUGCCUCCUUCCUGCUGCUCUUCUCCACGUUGCUGAGCCUUGUGGGCCUCCUCACCUCCAUGAAUCACCCAGGCUAUGCUCAGGACUUGAACGAAUAGAAGCAACCCCAGUC